AUGCACGCAAAAUACAUCUCUAUCCUGGCACUGACCUCAGUGGCCCUGGCGUCUCAGCCGGCCAACCUCCCACGAGGACCCGACGACGUUCCUUCACUCGACGACUGGAUUGAGGACCAUGACACCGGCGACAUUCCCACCACGACCUUUGGCGGCUCUGGUUCAUUCUCCACCUCCGGCUCCAGUUCCGACUCCAGCUCUGACUCCAGCUCCGACUCCAGCUCGAGCUCCGACGACGACACCGUUGAAUUCGCCGGCAUCGAGCUUCCCAAGUCCAUCGUCUCGGAGGUGCAGAACCUCCCGCCCUCCCUGAGCUCGAAGCUCACCGACCCUACCGAGGUCUCGUCUGCAUACAAGGCCGCUUUGGACGGCCACCCCCCGGCAUGGGCUGCCGAGCUUCCUGAUGGUCUGAAGGACUAUAUCGGCGAGGCUUGGGGUGUCGAGCUCCCGGAAUCGACUGGUUCAUCUAGCAGCGGCAGCAGCAGCAACGAUGAUGAUGACAAUGAUGACGACUCCUCGUCCUCGUCUCCGUCGUCUACUAGCGGCGGCAGCUCGUCCAGUGACGAGAGUAGCAACAGCAGCUCAUCUGACGACGACGAGGAUAGCAACUCCUCGUCCGGCAACGGUAGUGGUGAUAAUGACGGCGCGGCUGGCAUGCUGAACCCAUCUGUCCUUGCUAGUGUUGUCGGGGCUGUUGGUGUCUUGGCUGUUGCUGUUGCUCUGUGA